UGUCCCGCCGCCUGGCCAGCAUGUUGCGCGCCGCUGCGCUCGCCGCCACCGCCGGCCUGCGGCCCUUGCUGGGCCGCCGCCUCCUGUCUGCAGCGGCCGCCCAGGCCGUGCCGGCCCCCAACCAGCAGCCUGAGAUCUUCUACAACAAGAUCUUCAUAAACAACGAAUGGCACGAUGCGGCCAGCGGGAAGACCUUCCCGACCGUCAACCCGUCCACGGGAGAGGUUAUCUGCCAGGUGGCGGAAGGGGACAAGGCUGACGUGGACAGGGCAGUGAAGGCCGCCAGGGCUGCCUUUCAGCUCGGCUCACCAUGGCGCCGCAUGGAUGCAUCAGACAGGGGCCGGCUGCUGUACCGCCUGGCUGACCUGAUUGAGCGCGACCGGACCUACCUGGCGGCCUUGGAGACCCUGGACAACGGCAAGCCCUAUAUCAUCUCUUACCUGGUGGAUCUAGACUUGGUUCUCAAGUGUCUCCGGUAUUAUGCUGGCUGGGCUGAUAAGUAUCAUGGCAAAACCCUUCCCAUUGACGGGGACUUCUUCAGCUACACCCGUCACGAGCCCGUGGGGGUGUGCGGGCAGAUCAUUCCGUGGAACUUCCCGCUCUUGAUGCAAGCGUGGAAGCUGGGCCCAGCCUUGGCGACCGGGAAUGUGGUUGUGAUGAAGGUGGCUGAGCAGACGCCACUCACCGCCCUCUACGUGGCCAACUUGAUCAAGGAGGCUGGCUUCCCACCUGGGGUGGUGAACAUUGUCCCUGGAUACGGCCCCACAGCCGGGGCUGCCAUCGCCUCCCACGAGGAUGUGGACAAAGUGGCAUUCACUGGUUCCACCGAGGUGGGCCACCUGAUCCAGGUUGCUGCAGGGAGCAGUAACCUCAAGAGAGUGACCCUGGAGCUGGGGGGAAAGAGCCCCAACAUCAUCAUGUCCGAUGCUGACAUGGACUGGGCUGUGGAGCAGGCCCACUUCGCCCUGUUCUUCAACCAGGGCCAGUGCUGUUGCGCUGGCUCCAGGACCUUCGUGCAGGAGGAUGUUUACAAUGAGUUCGUGGAGCGGAGCGUGGCCCGGGCCAAGUCCCGUGUGGUCGGGAACCCCUUCGACAGCCGAACCGAGCAGGGACCACAGGUGGACGAGACCCAGUUUAAGAAGAUCCUUGGCUAUAUCAAAUCUGGGAAGCAAGAAGGGGCAAAGCUGCUCUGUGGGGGAGGUGCAGCCGCUGACCGCGGCUACUUCAUCCAGCCCACUGUGUUUGGAGACGUGCAGGACAGCAUGACGAUCGCCAAGGAGGAGAUCUUUGGGCCGGUGAUGCAGAUCCUGAAGUUCAAGACGAUCGAGGAGGUUGUUGGGAGAGCCAAUAAUUCUAAGUAUGGGCUGGCUGCAGCUGUCUUCACAAAGGACUUGGACAAGGCUAAUUAUCUGUCCCAAGCCCUCCAGGCUGGCACUGUGUGGGUCAACUGCUACGAUGUGUUUGGGGCGCAGUCCCCGUUUGGUGGCUACAAGAUGUCGGGCAGUGGCCGGGAGCUGGGCGAGUACGGCCUGCAGGCAUACACUGAAGUGAAGACCGUCACGGUCAAAGUUCCUCAGAAGAACUCGUAAAGAACCACGCAGGCUUCCUUCCUUAUACACUGAUGAAAUGCCAUGAAGAACGACCCCUGCAUGCAUGCUAAAGCCUCAAGAAAAUCUUCCUAUGAAUCCUUUCCGUCCAGAAAGCCUGAGAGCCUGAGCUGACGAGCAGGCUGGGUGGUGGGGUGAUGGUGUGUGGAAAGCCCUUCAGACUGCCCGGGGGUUCCACCUCCCGCGUGAUCCGUGACCCUAGGUUCAGAUUCCUUCUCCUGUCCGACCUGCCUGUGUGGCAAGACAAAGCCAUGGUUUCCCAUUGCAUCACUCAGUGCGGUUUGCACUGAGACACCAGCUAGCGCCUCGCCUUGUCCCUGCACUAAAACUUAUUAAAGCACUGCUUCUCUCCA